ACGACAGUGGUGGUCACUGUCUUUGCAAAUUUUUAUUUAUAUUUAAUUUCAUUUACAUUGUGUCAACAUGUAUAAAAUCAUUACUAUAGCAGAGUUUAAGUAUAUUUUCAUAAAAUGUCCAGUGGAAAGCGGAAAAGUAAAGGUGGUAAGAAAACUGAUCGAAGUUUGGGAGAUGUGACAAUAAAUGAUUUUGCGAAUGCAACAGUUUGUAAAAAUCGUGCAAAAAAAUCAACAACAAGUGUUACCACAGUUGUGAAACAUCUGGUUGUAGAAAGUGAUACUCGUGCAUGGGAUGAAAAACUUGAAGAAUUCGAGGGUGAUUUUGAUUUUGUCCGUGAAGAAAAUGAAGAUGGUACUGAAAGUGUUGUUAUCAAACGUACCGAACAACCAACAACAGCAACAACAAGACGUAGAACAAAAACCGAAAGUGAUGAAACAUUACGAAAUAUUGGUGGUAAUCAAUAUCCGCUAGAUAUAUGGUUUUUAAUAUCCGAACAUAUUCAACCAGAAGAUGUUGGUCGUUUCGCGGGUAUUUGUCAAUCAACACUUGCCGUAGUUUAUAGUGCGAAAUUUUGGUUUAAUUUGUAUAAACGUUUCUAUAAAAGUGUACCAAAUAUGCCCGAACGUUUACAACCCGAAUGUAUGGUUCGUUUAUACGGGUUACGGUCAUCUGUGAUCCGUGCGCUGUAUUAUAUGUAUCCACCAUUUGUAGACAAACUAAAAUCGCCGAAUAUUCAAAACGAUCCACAUGAUUUAACAAAACGUCAAUGUAUUUUGAUGUGGCAUGAAAAAUUUAAAAGUCAAUGGCUGUUUUAUUUUAAACUAAAGAAAAUUGAUUCGGUACACAUGAGUAGUAGACGACCAACUGGACCUAGAGAACAACCGGAUUUAAUUGAAAUGUUAGAAGAUGUUUCGGCAAAUCAAGAUGAAAAUUGUCGUGUUUUACGUGUAACUUGUUUACAUUAUAUGUCAACACCGAUUGUUUUAGGUAUGUCGCUAGCAUCGGUUUCAUUAACGUUAUCGCAAGGUUUACGCCAUCAACGUUUAAAAUUAUCGUUUUGUUCAAGUGUUGUUUGUAGUUCAGGUGGUAUGCCAGUAGAUAGCAAUAAUAGUUCGGUUGUUGUCUUGGAUCCAGUGGUUAAUAUACGUGUUUUAGAUUGGUGGCACCCACAGUAUCCACAUUCGGGUACUACAGCAACUCAUUUAAUUAAUCAAGAAUAAAAUUUUUAUUUAUUUUCUUUCAGUACCGAUUCAAGGGUAUAUCGUUCCCUUUGCGAGAGUUCCAAAACGAUUACCAUAUAAAUUAGUGACCCCGAUUGCAUAUUUCUUAAAUAAAUUGUUGGUAAAACAUUGACAAAUCGAAAGUUCAUUUCAUUGAUGAAAAAUUGUAGCAACGAGAAUAAUUUGAAAAUGGGAAUUUUGAGAGUCUGUGAAAAUCAAGGAGUUUAACGUGACUUUUCAUCGAUAUCUUGGAAUCAUAUUUGUACCAAUGUAACCAUAAAAUCUUCGUUUUUGGGCCCGAUUUACUUUGGUUUUCUUUCAGAAUAUGAUACAAAUAGAGAUUUUUGUAUUUUUGCAAUCCUGUUAAUGUCUGAUUCAUUGCCAUCGAAAUUGGCCAUAUUUUAUUCAAAAUUUUUCAAUUCUGGAAAUGUCAGGGAACAGAUAGGGAGUUUUAGAAUUGGAAAAAUGAUUUUUAAAUAAUCUAAAAUUGAUUUCUAAAAACCUGACUCAUUAUCGAUAUCUUGGAAUGUAUAUUUUUUAAUCAAUAAUCACCACAAAAUCUCCAUUUUUGGAUCCGAUUUAAUUAAAAAACAUAAGAGGGGUACCGCAAGUGUUUCUUCAGCACCUAGACCAAGAUUUGUCUGUGCCCUUGGGUCCGAUUAACUUUGUUUUAUUCCAGAAUAUAAUACAAAUAGAGACUUUUGUAUAUUUCGAUAUUUUUCGAUCUAUUCUGUUAAUGAUCAUACUUGAUCCCAAAAAUUUUAAGUCAAACAUGUAAUCAAUUAUCUUUGCACCGUAGAUUUACGUUUUUUUGUGGUAGUCUCUGUGCGAUCGCAUUGGUUUCGCAUACCUUGAGUCGGCGCUGAAUUUCUUUUCACAAACUUUACUAAUUUUUUUUUUUCCACUAGAAAAGAGUUUUUAAGUUGUCUUUUUUUCUUCUAAAUAAUUUUUGAAUUCCUGUAAACUAAGGAUUUAUUAUAAAACAGGGUUAAAACAAAAAACCAUAUCGAGAAUUACAAUUAAUUUCUUCUGACUUGAUCCUUAGAUUACAGGAAUUUUUUUAGCAAAAUAAGGAAUAACUGCCGAUUUAUUAACGACAAAAGAAUUUUGUCAUAAUUCCAAAAUUUUUUGAAACAAAAUAUUGUAUUUAUGU